UACUACUUUAGCAGAGGGUAAACGUGACAGACUGUUUUUAUUUGUUGUAUGGAAGUUUUAACCACGAAGACGUGUGGUAUGGUGGUUAUUGUACAGGUGUGACGUUGACUUACAUCACUCGCCAUGAACGGACCACUGGAAAUAAGGUUUUGACUGAAAAGUUGGAAGCAUGUAACAAAUGUUGGGAUGACUUGCAAUCACAAAUUGAAGCUGGGUGUUGAAAGAUUCAUUCCAUAAUGGCUGAGAGCUCAUUUGUCCCAAUUCUCGAAAUAAGAGACGAGUUCGUGACCUGUGAGAUUUGCCUGGAAUAUUUCAACGAUGGAGAAAAAUGUCCGCGCAUUCUCCCGUGUCACCACUCCUUUUGUUGUCAGUGUCUCAUUUCUCUCUGGGAAAACUCACAACAAGGUGUUACUUGUCCGAACUGUCGACAGGUAUGGCCUGUUCGCAAUUCCAUCGAGGCUACAUUUCAACAAAACAAGGUACUGAGCAAUUUAGUUGAAUAUAUUAUGUUGAAAAAUAAAUCCGGCGAGAUAAGCUGUCAUGAGUGCACCACAAAUUCCAAAGCAACAGUGCGCUGCUUGGAUUGUCUCCAGUAUAUGUGUGAAGGAUGUACAGCUUGUCACCGAAAAUUUACAAAGGGACACACAACAGUUCUUAUAACAGAACUGGGGAGCAUGCCUCAAGAUGAAUAUUUCCAACAGAAAGAGAUGUGUACAAAUCACGAGAAUUCCAAGUUGGAGAUUUUCUGCAAGGCUUGCGCAACAGCCGUGUGUCCCACCUGUGUUCUUGUCUCCCAUAGAGACCACGAGAUUUGUAAUCUGAAAGAUGUUUAUAAUGAGAAAAAAGAAUUAAUCAGAGCUGGUUUGAAAGAUUUACAGACAUCAGAAGAAAAACUCAGAACAUAUUCAGAGAAAUUAGCAGUAGAUAAUCAAACUCUAGCUGCGACAGAACAGCACCUUUUGAGCGACAUUUAUGAAUCGAGUAAUAAAAUCAUUGUCAAAGUUAAGGAAAUUGCAACAAGGCUAAACGAAGAUGUUAUCUCUAAGGCAGCCAAACAAAAAUCACAGAGGACCGAGCAAAUGGAGUUGAUUACACAAUCGAAAGGUCUCAAGUCAGAGCAUAUUAUGCAUUGCCAGCAGGCUCUGCAGUUUGCUCGACAAGUGGAAUUCAUUGAAAUGGCUCAGGUUCUUGAAAACGAAACGAAGAAUCUGUUGAAAACUCCAGAACUACCUGAACUGGAGAUGAAGACAAUUAACGCGAAUCUGACGAUUUUUGAACAAAUUGGUAACCUCAUUGAAAAACCCGAGAUCGUGUUUGAACAAACAACUGAAAACAUUGAAGGACCAAUCGUCCUGUGUGACACGUCACAGUUCAGACCGUGUAUUGAAUUUUCUAAAGCCAAGACGGAACACGAAUCCAGUGUCAUCACAAUCACUUUCGUUCCGAAGAAAAAUAGCUACGGUGACGAUAAAACCGAGUUGCCGUCUCCUGUAGAAAUCAAUCAGAAUAUGGAAGGAAGCGUGAAGACUGCUGCUGCUGUUGGUGGUGGUCUCGAGUGCCAAGCUGAUACCACGGGCCAUACUAAAACGUCCAUCAGUAUCAAUGGCUGCCAUAUAUUUCAUGACAGAUUUGAUUUCCGUAUCAAGGAACAUGAUGAAGACCUGGUAAGAAAAUUACUUAUAGGAGUUGAUGGUCGGGCACAUGCAUACAGAGAAAUAUGUUGUAAGUAAUUUAAUAUUUGUUGAUAGUUAUUUUGUCUAUCGACUCCACGAGAGAGCACUGUUCAGU